UUUUGGUUUGAUUUGUUGAUCGGGCAAAUUUGUGAACAACGUGUUGUUCUUUACUUAAAUAUUUUAAGUUUUACCAUGUCCUUGAACGACAUUCUUAAGCGGUAUUCCAAUGUCGCGAUAAAACUACCACCGGCUCCUCUGUCAUUUAUCAAAACAUUGGAAAUAAACGAUAACCAGGAAUCACUAAAUGAAUCAAACCAUUUGCAAAUAAAUUGUAGUCAACCUUUUGAAGCAACUAAGGUAUACGAAUAUGCAAUUGAUGACUACCGCAUUCUUGCUCAUGGUGAAGAUAUCAAAUCCGUGUACGAUUUGACGUUGACGACAAAAGCCCAAAUCGACCAUUUGUACGAGCCAGGGGACACCGUGGGAAUAUUGACAAGCAAUUUCGACAGCGACGUGAAUGAUUUACUGAAACACUUGGAAUUGGAGUCGUCGGGCAGUUUGAGCUUACGAGUUACUGUAGAUCCUUCAACAAAGAAAAAAGCAGCAAAACUUCCACCACACGUGCCAUCCACGAUACAGAUCACAAAACUGUUCAAAGAAUGCCUGGAUCUGAGAGCGAUUCCCAAAAAGCUAUUCCUUCGAGCUCUGCUGGACCACACCACUGAUGAUGCAGAAAAGCAAUUCAUCUCUUUGCUCUGCAGUAAAGAUGGUCACGCUUACGAUGACAUCAUCCUAGAGCCCAGGAUGGGCCUCGUCGCGUUGAUCAAGCAUAUCCCUAGCUGCAAACCACCCUUAUCUGUUUUGAUCGAACACCUACCAAGGCUGAUGCCUCGACCAUAUUCCAUCGCAAAUUAUCACGACGGUCCAGGCCAAGUGGGCAGCUUGAGAAUAAUUUUCUCACUGAACGAGGAAUCACCAGGAUUGACAACGACAAUGUUGAAGGAGCACUGCAUAAGCAAAAAUCCAGUAUUUCUGUAUUUUCGGAAAUCGACGCGGUUUGCCUACGCAGACGAGGAUAUGAAAAGUGACGUGGUUAUGAUUGGAGCUGGUACAGGAGUAGCUCCAUAUCUAAGUUUCUUGGAGAAACGACGCAAAUCGUCGAAUCCUAGCUCGCUGGGUAACGCAUGGCUUUUCGCAGGAUUUCGAUAUGAACAUUCCAGCUAUAUUUGCCGCGAAGAACUGGAACGAUACACUCGAGAUUUAGUUUUGAACAAUCUCUCUGUGGCCUUUUCGCGGGACAGAGAGACCAAAUUCCCACAUGUUCAGGAUCUGCUGGAAGACAAUAAGGAAGCAUUAGUGCGGCUGCUCUGCGAAUCCAGUUGUAAGUUUUACGUCUGUGGUGAUGGCAAGCUGAUGUUGCCUCAAAUAGAACGUAAGUUCGCAGAGAUAAUCAGCACCGUACAGGGCAUAGGUCAAGGAGAGGCGGAAGAGUUUCUUGGAGAACUGAAAAAGCCUGACAGAUAUGUGGAAGAUAUUUGGUUGUGAGUUGAGUACAUGUAUUUAGUUGAAAGAAAUAUAAUUGAUAUACAUAUGUAUACAGGA